AUGGGGAGCCAUUUGAGGAUGGAGUUAAUGGUUUUUCUUGUAUUGGUUUUUUUGGGGAUUAGCAGCAUAGCCUAUGGUGCAGUUUCCCACACUACCAUGAGAAAGAUUGAUAGAUUAAAUAAAAAGGGUCCAUAUUUGGGCAUUGUGGUGCCAAAUUUCUUUGAGCUGAACCCUCUUCUUCAAUCCACAAGCUUUGUGGCUGAUCAGAAGCUUCCCUAUUUGGAUUUUUCUGGAAGAAGGUUUCGAAUUGGACGGUUGGAAGACGAAAGUGUUAUAAUUGUUAUGACAGGAUUGAGCAUGCUUAAUGCAGGUAUCUCAACUCAAUUACUGCUAAGCCUGUUCAAGGUGAAAGGUGUUGUGCACUAUGGAGUUGCAGGAAAUGCAGAUCCUCAACUCCAAAUUGGAGACGUGACUAUCCCUCAAUUUUGGGCUCAUACAGGCCUUUGGAAUUGGCAGAGGUUUGGAGAUGGGCCUGGUAAUGACUUGUCCUUAGAAUCAUUUGGAGACUACACAAGAAAAGUUGGUCACAUAAAAUUUUCUGAUUUCAACAACAAAACCAGAAAUGGCAAGUCUGUUCCCAAUCUUCUGAACAAUGUAUGGUAUCAACCAGAAGAGGUCUUCCCAGUUCAUGGCACUCCUGAAGUUAGGCAACAUGCCUUCUGGGUUCCAGUCAACCCUAAGUUUUUUGCAGUUGCCAAGGACCUAGAGGAUUUGAAGUUGGGGGGUUGUGUGAAUACAACUUGUCUGCCAAGAGCACCCACUGUGGUGAGGGUCAAAAGGGGCAUAAGUGCAAGUGUGUUUGUUGACAACAGAGCAUACAGAGAAUUCUUGAACUCCAAAUUCAAUGCCACUUCCAUUGACAUGGAAAGUGCUGCAGUGGCUUUGGUCUGUCACCAACAGAAGAAGCCCUUUAUUGUAAUUAGAGCUCUCUCUGAUUUGGCUGGUGGAGGCUCCUCUGUCUCCAAUGAAGCCAACAUCUUUGCAUCUUUGGCUGCUCAAAAUGCAGUUGAUGUUGUGCUUAGAUUCAUUUCCUUGCUGUCUUCAUAG